UGAACAGUGUUUCGCCUCGCUUACGUCAUCAGGGAGCGACAAUGUUUUUGCCUUAUUUUGGUACUUCAAACGCACCAAAUUGUGGAUUUUACACUGACUUUUACGACCAGACUAGGGUUAGGUGAUUGAACUAAAAAAAACUCUGUUUUCUUCAAAUCAAAUAUAUACUUUUAUAUUGGAAUACGAGCUCCAAGGGCCGGAAAGUUAGCUAGCGAGCUAACUAAAGUUACGCACGUUUGGUUGUGCGUCUCUUCAUCUUAAAGAUGCCUAAAUUAUUCGACAUUGAAUUCCCAGAAGAGUGUCAAACCAACCCCGAUAGGUUCUGGUCGGCUGUUGACGUGUGGUUAAAAAAGCCUCAUGUCGUCAACAAGCGGCUAUGCGGGGUAGAGACAGAAAGUCAAAAUGUGAACGGCGCAGUAUUGAGUUUGGUGCUAGGCAAUGAUGGACUUCCUAAGGACGUGUUAAACUUCAUCACCACGGCAUGUACACACACACUUUCCUACAAUAUAAGGACUUUUAUUCCAAAAGUUAACAUUUAUGGGACCCACCUGCACAAAGAGAUUGUUGUUAAAGAUUUUGAAUGCCAGAAAGUGACAUUUAUUCCAUUUGAGGAGGACGAAGAAGGGAAAGUGUCUCUGAAAAAGUGCAACGUUUACCAGAUUCAGCUGCGCCUUACAGACUACAUGCAAUUGCUGUUGGAGCUGCACGUGUUGACCGUGGAUGGUUGGCACUGUGACGGCGUGGCCUACCCGAAGCUGGGGUGGCUGUCGACUGAGCUGCUACCAAAGCUGCUGCGCUGGUCUGUGGACUGCAAGAGCAGCGACUUUACGAGCACACUGUCUCUGCUGCCGGUGGAAAAGUACAGCUUGACAUACCAGCAACUCAAAGACAAGUACAAGGCCAUGGUCAAGGUUUGGCCCGAGGUGACAGAUCCAGAGAAGUUUGUUUUCGAAGACGUCGCCAUCGCCACUUAUCUCCUGGUGCUUUGGUCCGAGGAGCAGACGGAACAUGAUCUUAAAACAAAACAAUCCUUCGUAGAUUUGGGCUGUGGAAAUGGUCUUCUGGUGCACAUUUUGACGAAUGAAGGGCACCCGGGUAAAGGCAUUGACGUUCGUAAGAGGACUAUUUGGGACAUGUAUGACUCCAACACGCUGCUGGAGGAGCAAGCUAUCACUCCCAGCGAUAGCUUUUUAUUCCCAGAUACUGACUGGCUAAUUGGGAACCACUCUGACGAGCUAACACCAUGGAUCCCUGUCAUCGCGGCCAGGUCGUCUUAUUCCUGCCGGUAUUUUGUCCUACCAUGCUGCUUCUUUGACUUCUUUGGCAAAUACCAGCGGCGUCACAGCCAAAAGUCGCAGUACAAGGAAUACAUUGACUUCAUCACAGACGUUAGCCGAGUCAGCGGCUUUGACACACAGAUGGACUGCCUCAGAAUACCCUCCACCAAACGGGUUUGUCUGGUUGGUAGGACCCGUAACUACCAGGCGUUUGACGAGGCGCAGGUGGAAGACCGGAGAGCUCAAUACAUACAGAGCCGAGGGUCGGCGGUCAAGAAGGAUCACAUGAGCAGCAGCUGGGGAUCGGGGUUCCAUCCCCGAGAGAAGGUGGAAGUCGUACGAAACUGCGGCACUCUUUCUCGGGACUUUGUAGACAACGUGGUCAUACGUGUCGCUGAUGCUCUGCUGAGGAUGACGGCGGAUGGUGGCCAGAGUUCUUCUAGCUGGAACACAGGAGGCAGCUUGUCAUUGGGCGAGGUGGCAUUGUUGUUGCGUCAGGAGACGCUCCAGAAACUGAAAAAGGAAUGUGGCGGCCUCCAGACGCUCCUGAAGAACAACCAUCAAGUUUUUGAAGUGGAAGGAGGAAGCGUUCACUUACGAGAUUGGCGGGACGGAAGGCACCCGAGGGCGGGCUCCAAGAAAAGGCCUGUGGCCCUGGGUGCCCUCAAAACACGUCCCUGCUGGUUUUACAGCCACCACCCUCAAGGCUGCCCCCUGCUGGCACAGCAGUGCAGCUUUGCUCACGGACACGAUGACCUCCGACCUUCUAACAGAUCUUCGAAGAAAAGCAAACGUGACGUUUGACUAUUUUAUUCAUCAACACUCAUGUGACUCCUAAACAUCAGAAUUUUUUUUAGUAACAAAAAAAGUCCUCUUGGUUUUUGUAAAGUUGUGACUUCAUUGCUGUUAAAUUCCCAAAAUGGUUAGUUUUUGGAUGAAAAAACAAUGAGUCUUUCUGGUAUGAUACAAAUCUAGUUUUGGAAUUACAUUUCUUAUGAAUUACAACUACCGCUUGUGUAGAAAAUGGAUGGAUGGAUGGAUGAAUUACAAAUGUAUUCUUAUUAAAUUAUUUUUUGAUUAUAUAAAUGUUUUCAAUCUUACAAAACCACAACUUUUUUUUUUUUUAACUUUAAUAUUUUUUCAACUUAAUUUAAGGACUUUCUCCUAAUUUUGCAAUUGUUUUUUUUGCAUAAUUUUUGUUGUCAAUUUCACUUACAAUAAAAACCUAAUAUUAUAUUUAUGAUUUAUAUCAAUUUGUAAUUUUAUGACACUAAGGUAUUGAAAUCUGAAUAUCACCAGAAGAGACUUUGUGAUAAAAUCAGGAAAAACUUAGAUUUACAAGAAUAAAGAUGCAAUAUUAAAAAGCCUAUUAUGAGGAAACGUCACAUUAUAAUAAAAUGUUAAUAUUCAAAGAUAAAAGUAGGCAUACUUCAACAAUAAAUUCAUAAUUACAUGAGAAAGUUUUAACUUUAUUUUUGAAUAUAUUUUUAUGAUUUAUUUUAAAAAUUGCAAAUAUUACAAUUAUGACAGCGAAAAUGUAUCAAAUCAACAUUUUAUGAGACAAAGUCGGAACCUUACCAGAGCAAACAGACUAAAAAGAUGAGUCAUAACAAUACAAAAUAUAAGUUGUAGUUUUCUGAUUGUUAUAAUAAACUAUUACAAAAGAAUACAUUUUCUUGGCUCAUCAAUUUGAGGGUUCCUGGUUCGAUACCUAACUUUCUGCCACCCUAGUCGCGCAAGUCUGUUGUGUCCUGGAGCAAGACACUUCACCCUUGCUCCAGAUCGGUUGUGGUUAGGGCCUUGCAUGGCAGCUGCCGCCAUCAGUGUGUGAAUGUGGAAAUAGUGUCAAAGUGUUUUGAGUACCUUAGAAAAUCUAUAAAAGUAUAACCCAUGUAUCAUUUAUUUACCAAUUGUGGGAAAAAAAUCCCCCGAUUUGCAAAGACCCCCACCAGAUUGCACGCUAGUAGCUAAUGGGCACGUUCAUAUAUUAUAAAGAAUUCUACUCUGUAUUAGAUAUAAAACACAGAAAUUAAAUAAUGGCAAAACGGUGCUAUGUAGGGAUAAGAAAAUAUAAUCUUUUAAUAAAUGUCAUCA